GGUAGCUUGACUGGCGAUUUUUCAAACAUACGUAACUCGAGUGGGUUUGUAUGUUGUGCUUUUCAUGAAAAUAGUGAAACGUUAACAAAUGACUGUUUGCUAUCAGUUACACAAAUAUGGUGUUAAUCGUGACCUAUCUGGAUGUGAUGGAGACAGAUUACUAUUAAAGACACCGAAGGCGCGUUCCACACUAAACUUGUUGGCUCGUUCUCAAAGCCAGCUGGAAAAAAUGAACAUCAUAUCCGAGUUAUGUGAUGGUGAAAAUGUGCUUGUUGACGAUCUGAAAGUAGUUGUAAAGGUAUACAAACACCCUUUAAAAAAACUGGGAAUACUAACUUCAGCAGAGAUAUACCAACUUUUUUAUACCAUUGAAUCAGUUAUACCACUUUUUGAAAGGCUAGCAAAUGAUCUUUCCUCGGGAUUUAAGAAGUCUUUUGAUUUGCCUGUCAUAGGAACAAUUUUAUCUUUGUGGUUAGGUAUUGGGUCAAUAACAGAAUUGUCUUCUAACUACCUUGACAAUGUUCGAAAUCGGCAUCCAUUAUUUUCACCUAGAUUUAUUCAAUCCGUUCAUGACAAUUAUGUUGAGACAAUGCCUUCUUCAGUUAAAAUUCUUUUGGAUUAUUCUGUUCAUUUAUAUGAAGCUCGGAAGUACUAUGAUGCUUUACGUGAACAAAGGCCUGCAUUUAAUGAUUUUCUUUCUCGUUGUUCACAUACAAAUUUCAGUAAACGUUUGGACCUAUGGCACUUUCUAGAAUGUCCCAAAACUAGAUUAAUUCGAUAUCCGUUAUUGCUAGACCGGUUGAUCAAAUUGACACCUUCAACAGAUCCAGACCUGAGUUAUUUACUUGGUGUUCGAUCAGCAUUUAUUUCUAUUGCUCAAGAAUUAAAUCGGAAAGUUGGGACAGCUAUGCGUGAUUUAUACUUGAAACACAUUGAAUUUGAUAUGGAUUUUGAAAAUAAGGAUAUGUUAUGGCGUCAAAAAUCAUUGUUAUUGAAAGGAAAUCUACAUACUGAUGUCGGUGAAGUAACAGUUUUUGUUUUUCCCGAAUUGUUAUUGGUAACAACACGUGUACGACCUGAGGUACCUAAUCGGUCAGCAACACAUUUGUAUUAUAACAACUCACCGCGUCAAAAUACAAGGUUCCAGAGUGGUUCUGUUCCCACAAUCUCUUCCACUUCAACUAUCACUCCACUACUUCCCUCAGUAUCUGAUACACGAUCUCAGUUACGUAAUCAUCGACGGUCUUUAUUACCCAGUUUAAAAUCUCACUCGUGUGAAUUAAGAAGUGUUCAAGUUUCAUCAGUAAAUUCAUCUGAUCAACCAUCUAAAUGUAGAAAAUUAUUUAGACGCCUAUCAUCUAUUAUUUUACCACCAUCAAUAACCGAAUCUCCAAGGCAAUCAGAGAUUUCUAGGAAGACAACACCAAUCAUACAUGUAUUUGAUGACGAAAGUGUGUGCUUUGAGCGUUAUCGUACCUAUGGUUCACCUGUAAUACUAAGAGAAUAUAUUUUGGAAGAUAUAAAUGAUGACAAUCAUUCAGGUGUAUUAAAAUUGCCUUUCUCUUUGGAAAAAUCCAAUCGAAAUUUAUUCAGAUUAUAUUCUUAUAAUGAUUAUUUUCAAAGAUCAGAGCAAUAUAUGAUAAAAGGUUUAGACUCACUGCAUCCAGAUGAACGAAAUUUAUCUAAUUCGCGCCGUAAAUUGAAAUGGGCCUUGUCAUCAUCUUUACGCAGUAAAAAAGGUAUAUUAUUUUCACAUAAACAUCCUAAAAUGAAAUCGAAAGAGUUUAUAUUUCAAGCAUCUAGUGCUGAUGAUAAAAUGUUCUGGAUUACUACCCUUUCACCACUUGUACACAGUAUAAUCAAGAGAAAUCGUAUGACAAAUUAUCAAUUGUAAAUUGUUAUUUUAAACGAAAGAAGAAGCAAUCAUACUGACUGGUUUUUAUGUAUUUUUCAAUUUAUUUGUUAAAUUUUGAGGGUUGUGG